CGUCCGCCGAAUGGCAGCACGCUACUAAACGAGACCGGUUCCCGUUUUGAUCUAAUCAGAUGCAUCUGAUAAGUAUUGAGACCACCCGCCUAAUCAGAUCCUGUCAAUAAUCAUUGUACCACACCUCCCUUGACCCUUUGCCCCUAACAAACCCGCGGACUCCGGUUGUUGCCGUCGAAGAUGGACAAAAUUAGGAAGGUCGUCCUUUUCGUGAGACUUGUAGGAUACUCGCUACGGCUUUAUGCGGACUUUUUCUCCCGAUCUUACACGACCAAGAAGCUCCACGCCGGUCCCGCAUCGAAGAAUGGCGAACCGAUCAACAUCGUAGUCAUCGGCGCUUCUUUUGCCGGAUACCAUGCUGCUAGAGUAAUUGCAACCUCUCUUCCCGCAGAUGGUCCGUACCGACUUAUUAUUGUCGAGCCUAAUCAACAUUGGCAAUUCACCUGGACGUUGCCACGCUUCUGUGUCGUUGAGGGACACGAGCACAAGACAUUCAUCCCCUAUGGCCCCUAUUUGCCAGCGGGCUCGGAGAAGAUUGUACGAUGGGUUCACGAUCGCGUCUCCACGAUUACCGAGAACACGGUGACAAUCCAAGGCACAGGAGAGAAGAUUCCAUACUCGUACAUGGUCAUCGCAACUGGAUCAGGCGUUGGAAUGUCGUUGCCGUCAAGGGUAGGCUCAACAGACAAAGUCGAAGGAACCAAGCUGCUGCAAGGUUUCCAGCAACGCAUCAAAGCCGCCAAGAAUCUUAUUGUCGUUGGUGGAGGAGCUGCAGGUGUCGAGCUCGCCGCGGAUGCCAAAGACCAGUAUUCGGAUAAGACCGUCACCUUGAUCCACUCGAGAGACGCAGUCAUGAACCGCUUCGGUCAUGACUUGCAGGCUAAAGCUCUCGCGGGGUUGAAGGACCUCGGAGUUGAAGUCAUACUCGGAGAACGGACAACAUCCGAAGAGCCUGUAGAUGGCUUCGUCACACUUCGCUCCGGGCGAAAAGUCGAAUGCGAUUUCAUGGUGAACGCUACUGGCCAGCAGCCUUCCUCUCAACUCAUCAGCGACUUUGUCCCUGGGGCGAUCGCAAAGUCAGGCCGUAUCAAGGUCAAGUCAACAAUGCAAAUCGACAUCGAUUCACUACCGCACAUUUACGUAUGUGGCGAUGUUGCCGAGGCCGGCGUCACCAACCCCAAUGCCCGAGCCGCUAUGAAGCAAGCCAUCUACGCCGCCGACAACCUCGUUCUCUCUCUUCAGUCAAAGACGCCUUCCAACAUUUACGAGCACUACUGGGCUGAUGGAGUCAUCAAGUUGACGCUAGGUCUUCACAAAUCUAUCACUGCUUUCGGGAUCGGGGACACAGAACUGCUCUUCCGCGGGAAAGAGAAGGAGAUCACGCUCAUGAUUGAGCGUGCUUGGACAAAUAUGGGAGCUAAGCCUUACGAAGAUAAGGAGUAUGAAACGGGAAGAGCACAAACCAGUGUCGCGGAUAAGGCUCUCGAGGUGACCAACGAAACGGUGUAAUAGUCGACAGCUAGAGCGGUUGGUCGUCACUGAUCAGGGCUUAAUCGUCUUGUGUCUAUAAAUGGAACGAGAGGCUCUUUCAAAGUUUAAAGCUAGAGGAUGCAAGUACCGAUACCAUCUCUGAUGCUUCGGUGACAUGGUUUGAUCAGACUCAUGGGCUCCGCCUGUGCAUGAUACUGUACUCCGUUUGGUAUGGAGUCUCCCACAUUCCGGGUGGGACAAGACCGAAGCCCUGCCUGUUACCAGGUCCUAGGUUACAACCCGCGGCCCGCAUAUCCCAUCGGCUUCAGCAGGCCUGCAGAUCUGCCGGUCGUGCAAAAGCUAACGGCACUAGCAUGUACUUUGGGGAUCAUGUCGAAUACAGAAAAGCCUAAUCAAACCUCUC